AUGCGAUUCCUGACGGACAUGUGGCAUCCCAACAUUUACGCAAGUGGCCUUGUUUGUAUUUCCAUCCUCCACGCCCCGGGUGACGACCCGAACCAUUACGAGCACGCCUCCGAGCGUUGGUCCCCCAUCCAAUCUGUCGAGAAAAUUCUCAUCAGCGUCAUGAGCAUGCUUGCCGAGCCCAACGAUGAGAGCCCUGCCAACGUGGAGGCCGCUAAGAUGUGGAGAGAUAGGAGGGCCGAGUACGAACAAAAGUGA